AUGGAGUAUGAAAAUUUUCAGCCAACUUACAUGAAUCCAUUUCUUGAAUAUAGCAACUUAGAAACCACAUUUUCUUUGAAAAAUUCUAGUAUUAACCCUCAUUGUUCAAUCCAAGAUUUUGUGACUGUUGUUAACGAUGUUGACAUACAAGACUAUUUCCAAAAUGACUUCGAUUUCAUCGAUCGAGAUGUCGACUUUCCUGUCCAAAACUCCCAAAAAUUUCCAUUAUUUUCAAGCCAAGUACUAGUCCAAGAAGAUACAGGCUUCUUGAAAGAGGGUAAAAAAUUACGUGUCUAUAGUCCCGAACUCAAACUUCUUCAAGAUCAGCUCAUGGAAGAAACAAGUAUCACUGAUCUUCUUUUAAUGGGAGCUGAAGCUAUUGAAGCUGGAAAUCUUGAUCUUGCUUCUGUAGUUGUCUUGAGGCUAAAUACAAUCCUUUCUGAUCAAGAAAAUACAGAAAAUUCCCCUAUUGAUAGAUUGGCUUUGUAUUUUACACAAGGCUUGCUUUACAAGAGCUUGAGUACUUCAUCACAUGAAUUGUUGAACCAAAAUCAAUUUCAACCCGAGUCAUCCUCUUCUAUAACCGCGUUCCAAAUGCUUCAAGAAAUCUCACCUUAUGUGAAAUUUGCUCAUUUCACCGCGAAUCAAGCUAUUCUUGAAGCCACAAAAGGGAGCCAACAAGUUCAUAUAUUGGAUUUUGACAUUUUGGAAGGCAUUCAAUGGCCUCCAUUGAUGGUUGAUUUGGUUGAAAGAGGGAAUAUAAAUUCCUCCCUAAGGAUCACUGCAGUUGUUGUUGACAAGAACAACUCAUUCCUUGUACAAAAAACAGGGAAAAGACUUCAAGAAUUUGCUGAUUCUAUCAAUCUUCCUUUCAUGUAUGAUCAAGUUUUCUUGACUAAAGAUGAGGACUUAGAAAAUAUUCAAGGGGUAGAGAGUCAUAACAACUUAAUAGCUAAUGUUAUGAUCCACCAACUUCACAUACCACAAAGGGGAAGUUCAUUAGUCAAGAUUUUCUUCAAUGGAUUAAGAAGAUUAUCUCCUAAAGUUGUGGUCUUAGUAGAAGAAGAGCUCUUUAAUUUAACUAAAAUUCCAACCAUGUCAUUUGUUGAGUUCUUUUGUGAGGCUUUACAUCAUUACACUACAAUAUCUGAUUCAAUUCUUGGAGGUUUUGGUGGAGGAUAUAAAUUAGCAUUAAGGGUUAUUGAGAAAGAGUUUUUGGGAGUUAGAAUCUUAGAUUGUGUAAGACAAUUCCCUAGUGAGAAAUCAGAAAGGGAAAAAUGGAGUGAAGGGCUUUACUCUUUAAAAGGUUUUAGGCAAAUUCCAAUGAGUUCAAGUAAUGUGAGACAAGCUAAACAUUUGGUAAGUUUGUUUAGUGGAGGGUAUUGGGUGCAAAAUGAGCAUUGCAAAUUGGCCUUGUGUUGGAAAUCAAGGCCUUUGACAACUGCUUCCAUUUGGGUUCCUACAUCAUCAAGUUCUAGUCCUUCAAGUUCAAUUUCUUUUUAA